ACUAGUAGAAAGCAGCAGCAGCAUCCAAACCCAACCUUCCCAUCCAUCCUCCCCUCCCCUCCGUCGACACGCCACACAACCAAACCAAACCAAACCGAAAGCAAAGCGAGCGAGCGAGAGAGAGGAGGCCCGGCCAAAAGGAGCGGGGCGCGUCCCUCAUAAGCGGAGGGGCGGAGCGGCUCUCACGUUGCGGAAUUCGGAGGCCCCCAGGAAUAGCCAGCCGGUCGGGCCAGGCGCGGAGGCCGGAGGGCGGAGGCGGAGGAGGGGAUGGGGAACGUGACGUCGUCGGUGGCGGCGCGGCUGGCCUUCUUCCCGCCGGAGCCGGCGACGUACGAGGUGGCGGCGGCGGAGGGCGGGGCCGGGCUGCGGAUGACGGGGGUGCUGCCCGACGCCAACGUCGACGUGCACGCGCUGCCCACCAGGGCGGGGACCCGCGUCGUCGCCGCCUUCUGGCGCUACCCCACAGCGCGCCUCACGCUGCUCUACUCCCACGGCAACGCCGCCGACCUCGGCCAGAUGCUCGGCCUCUUCAUGGAGCUCCGCUCCCACCUCCGCGUCAACAUCAUGUGCUAUGACUAUUCAGGAUAUGGGGCCUCUACAGGAAAACCAUCGGAGUAUAACACGUACUACGACAUAGAGGCUGUCUAUGACUGUUUGAAAAAGGAGUAUGGGAUAGGGCAAGAGGAUCUGAUCCUGUAUGGGCAAUCAGUUGGAAGCGGACCGACGUUGCACUUGGCCUCACGUUUGGAUAAACUAAGAGGGGUCGUCCUUCACAGCGGCAUUCUGUCAGGCAUACGCGUUUUGUAUCCAGUGAAAGUGACACUUUGGUUUGAUAUCUUCAAGAACAUCGACAAAAUAAAGCAAGUCGAAUGUCCAGUGCUGGUUAUACAUGGCACGGCGGACGACAUCGUCGACUUCUCGCAUGGCAAGCGCCUAUGGGAGCUAGCGAAGGAGAAGUACGAGCCGCUGUGGGUCAAAGGCGGCGGCCACUGCAACCUGGAGACGUACCCCGAGUACAUCCGGCACCUGCGGAAGUUCGUGAACGCGAUGGAGAAGCUGGCGAGGGAGCGAGCGACAAAGGCGCCCCAGGUACCGCCGUCGAGCAUGGGCGAAGUGAAACACAACAAGUGCUUGAGAUUUGGGAAGUGAUCGAUGACCCUUGACCAUGCCAGCUCUCGCUAACUGUGUCGUUGCUCGCGUAUAGACACUGAUGAUCUGACGGAGGAGCCGAAGAAGCCAGUCGCGGCGGACGGCGGUCUCCCCGUCGGGCUCCGAUGACAUGACACCGUGGGGUGGGGGGAAGUGCAACGGCGUCGUCGUCGCUUAUCGCCGGUCCGGUCGCGGGUUCAGGGUUAGACAGGCUCCAUGGCUGGAAUGUGCUGGAGAUGACUGAAGAGAAACAGAAGCCUAGUGGAGGAAGCAUGCGGGAAAUCAUAUAUAGCCUGUUGUUGUUGGGUAGUGUUCAGUUGGGGCUCUCUCCUUUUUCUUUUUUAUUCAGCCUGUGUAUUAGUUGAUGUGCAAAGAAGUGUCCAUCUCUCCUAAUUGAUUGCAAAGUGCUUCGUGUGCUGUCA